CAACGCUCGCCCAUCGGAUGUGUCUUCGGAAAAGCUGGCGAAAGCUAGAGCCGAAAAGAAGGAGAAAUCGGAGAGUGCCCGCCGGAAGAAGGAAGCCGCCGCUAAAAACGGCCGCGAUUCGGAGCGCAAGAAGAAGGAGAAGCCGGAAGACAAGGACAACUCGAAGAAGGACAAGAGCGGCAGCUCCAAGAAGGUCACCACCGCCCGCGUACCUGCCGCAGAUACGUCGAAUCGCAGCCAGAAGAAGAAGGCGGAGAACAAAGCCGACAACAGCAACAAGUCGAGCUCCGGGCGCGGCGACAAGGGUUCUAGCAAGGAUGGCAAGUCGGGCUCGAAGGGAAUCAAUGCGGAGAACAAGCUCGCUGCUGCAGCCGACGCGCGGGAUCCCCCGAGAAGAAUGUGGGUUAAC